GAAAAUUAACACAAUAUAAACGUAAACAAUGUCAACAUAUAUCAAAAGUACAUGCUACAGCUCGCAAACCUUUAUUAGCUAAUUCUCAAAGCUUAAAAGCAAGUAUUCAAGAAAUUAUUAUGAAAAACAAGCAUCAAUAUAUAACAAAAUUUGUUAAUAUGGCUACACAAGUAUCACAAAUUGGUCAAAUGUCAUUUCAAAAUACUGCUCAAGCCAUACAACUGGAAAUUAGUGAAAUUCAUAUAAAUCAAAUCUUUAAUCAAGAUACUCUUUCAGAAUUUUUUACAUUUGGAAUAAUGCUAGAUAAGUCAACACGAGAUCAACAUAAAAUAUUUGUACUAUGUGUUAUAUUCUGGAACUCAAGAAUUAAUAAGCCAGACUUUCAAGUAUUGGAGAUGAGAGAUUUAGCAACUUGUACAGGAAAAUCCGUUGCUCAAGCAAUAUAUGAUAUUUUUGAUCAUUUUAAAAUAAAUCCACAACAGUGCUUUGUAUGUGUUACUGAUAAUACAAACUACAUGAGCGGUAAAUCUGGAGGUGCAAUCUCUUUAUUUAAUAAGUUAAGUGAUGCUAAUUUAUUUCAAAUCCCUUGUGGUCUCCAUGUUACACACAUUAUAAUGAAUAACUUUGAAGAAGUUGCUUUUGGUAAGUUGCCUAAUGUUAGUGGAUUCUCAAGAAAAGAACUUCCAGCAAAUCUUUUAUAUUUGGCUUGGGAUCUUCAUGACGGUUAUAAUAAGACAGAUAAAGAUAAGCCAAUGGGAAUUCGAUCAGAUUAUAUUUGCAGACUUUAUGAAGAACGAUUUGGAUAUCAAUUAACAAAAUAUCAACAGCCAAUCUGA